GGUGGUGUUGGUAGGUACCUAAACAGCAAUUCUUUUUAUAUAUAUAUACAUAGAAGCCAUUACAGAGAAGAGAACAGAGUAGUAGUAUUAGUCGUCUUACAUGUAACAAUGUUUUCCACCAAUGAAAUGCCAUCUCCAUACUCAAUUUUCACAGCCAUGGCUUCCAUCACAGCUUCCAUAAUGUUCUUCCAAUCCAUGAUCAAUCAAAUCCUACCAAAACAAGUAACAAACUACCUCAUCUCCAUACUCCAACACCUCUUCCAAUCUCACUACCCACACACCACCAUAACUUUCGUAUUCGAAAAGGGAAGCGAAUACGGAACCCGAAACCAGAUCUACGACGCUGCAAGGGUUUACAUCACAACACUCAAACGAAGCCCCGAGACCAAAAGGCUCAGGGUUCGCAAAAGUCCCAAAGAAAAACCUCUCAUCUUCCGUCUAGAUGACGGAGAGAGAGUAACCGAUUUUUUCGAGGGAAUCGAGCUCGAAUGGAGAUUCGUUCUCCGAGCUGAUUCGGAUAAAGACACAAUGAAUGGAGGCGGUGGUGGUGGUGAUGGUUACGAGAAAAGACUUUACGAGCUGAGCUUUAACAAAAAACACGAGGAGAAGGUUUCAAUGGUUUACAUUCCUUUCGUUCUGGAAAGAGCGAAACGUAUUGAAGAAGAGAAUAGGUUUUUGAAAAUGCACACUCUUAAUAUUGGGUUUAAUGGGCCUUGUGUUGGUGUGAAUUGGCAAUCUGUUAAUCUUGAACACCCAGCAACAUUUGAGACUCUGGCUAUGAAAGAGAGCAAAAAGAUUAGUAUAAUGGAAGAUCUUGAUAGGUUUGUUAGGAGAAAAGAUUUUUAUAAGAAAGUUGGGAGAGCAUGGAAACGUGGGUACUUGUUGUAUGGACCACCUGGGACUGGUAAAUCGAGCUUGGUUGCUGCCAUGGCUAAUCAUCUUAAGUUUGAUAUUUAUGAUUUACAACUUGGUAAUGUACAGCGUGAUUGUGAUCUUAGAAGGUUGCUUCUUGCUACUGAUAAUAGGUCUAUAUUGGUUAUUGAAGAUAUUGAUUGCAGUGUUAGACUUCCUGAUCGUCUCAACAAUGGUGGAGAACAAGAUUAUCAAACCAAGUCUAAUAAUCUUGACAAUCCAAACGACAAGAAAAGUGUUUUGACAUUAUCUGGGUUGUUAAACUUCAUAGAUGGAUUAUGGUCAAGUUGUGGAGAUGAAAGGAUCAUAAUAUUCACCACAAACCACAAAGAAAAGCUUGAACCAGCUCUGUUGAGACCUGGUCGAAUGGACGUACAUAUUCACAUGGGCUAUUGUACGUACGAGGCAUUCAAGCAAUUGGCCACAAAUUACUUGGAAAUCUCUGGUGACCAUCACAACCACAAACACCUCUAUUCUGAAAUUAAAGCUUUACUCGAACAAGUACAAGUCACUCCAGCCCAAGUUGCAGAGGAAUUCUUGAAACAUGAAGAUGCUGAUUCUGCUCUAGAUCGAUUACUCAGUCUUCUUAGACGAAUCAAAAAUAAUGUGGAAACUGGUCAUCUUGAUCAACUAGAUCAUCACUACUCUGAGGCUUUAUAUGAAUAACUAAUUAAUUGCAUGAUUAUGUGGUCAAGUAAUUGAGUGAUUGUAACGUUUUUUUUUUUUUUCCGAAAGACCAGAAUGGAAUAUUUUUAUUUAGCCAAUUAGGUUUAA